AUGACCGGCAACCAAGGAACAGUUACAGACUGCAAACUGUUUAACAGCACGGGCAGCUACUUCGAGGAGGACAAGUCGAAGUGUGAAUGUCGCGGCGUUGUUCGGUCGACACAAGUCACUAAGCGAGUCCGCAACUUUUUGAGCAAUUUCAAACUGGGAAUCCAGCUGUUUUGUUGUCACAUCCUUUUGUUUGCUGACCAUGCAAAGAUCUUGACAUGCACGAAGUAUUGUGCAUGGACAGUCCCAGCGACCUCAGCGGCUGCGACCUUCGUCCAGAGGAGAAAGAAGGAGAACGGGACACUGCAGCUGCAGCGCCGCGCAGACCGAACAUCAGGCAUGGGCAACAUCACGGAGUUGCUAGGUCACAGCGCGGAAUACGCAACUCAGGCGGUUUAUCACACGUCGUUGAACAGGAUACAUCAUAUCUGCGAAUCGUUGAACAGGAUACAUCAUAUCAUGAUCCUCGAUCAUGAAGUCAUCUCACCACGGGUUGCUGACCCGCGGAAGCGACCGCCAAGAUCCUAA